AUGUCCUUGAAAACGGCCAUGUUUGCCCAUCACAAUAUCAAUAUCAAUAUCAAUAUCAAGCACAUAAAAAACGCUCAAAUAUAUCCUUUUGUAAAGGCUACAAAGUUCCAAGUGGAUGAACUUGUCAAGGAGUAUCUCUUGUUUAGAGGAUUUACAAACACAUUCCGGGCACUUGAAACAGAAAGUCGUCUCGACAAAGAUAAAGGGUUUCAGGUGGAUAAAAUUGUAGAGGAAUUAAUUGGAUAUGUUAUCCAUGGGGAUGUUGUCUAUAUGCUCGAAUACUAUCGAUAUCUCGACGUACGCUUCUUUUCUCGGCUCGAUAGUCGUUUUCAGAGAACCGUCAAGAAGUUUGAGCUUUGUCUUUUGCGGCAUUAUUUGGUACACGCCAUGCAACACAAGAAAAAGGACAAGGUGAUCGAGUUCUUUGAUACAUAUGGCCCAGAUUUACAUGGAAAACCAGAGUGGUCACAAUGGUUUGCUUUACCUUAUGUAAAACAGCCAGCUACAGAUCCCACAUUCGAGACAUUUUUCUCGAAACAGUGGGUAGAAAAUUAUACAAUUUCUCUACACAACUUUCUAGCAACCACAUUUCAAAACAUGCCCCUUCCGAGUCUUUUGUCUUUUAAUAUUGAGCGAAUCCAACGCAAGGCUCAGCAGACUGAAAUAGAAAGCUUAAAAAGUUCGGUCGAUAAUUUAAAGGCAACGGUAGAUGCGCGAGAAAACGAAAUAGCAAAAUUGAAGCAUGAAGUAGCAGAGACACGACGAGAGAUGACCGAUGGAAUUACGUUGAUCCGCCGUCGGGCAGCAUCGAUGACAACUGACGCAAAAGCCAAUGGGGCAAAAGCCAAAGUAGGCUCACAAGAGAAAAAGAAUGAAAAGACAGUACCAAAAGGAGUUAUCACAGAAACUGUAGCAGAACUCCGUGAUACUGUAGACAAAGUCCAUUCAAUGGGAGAUGAAGAGCCAUUUGUGAUUGUGAGCCAGGAAGAAUUCUCUGAACAUGCUUCUGCGAUUACCCACGCAAAAUUUUCGACAGAAGGAAAUCUCAUCGCUAGCUGUGAUAUGGACAAUAUUGUUCGUAUUUGGAGCUACAAAGGACAAUCUUUCAAUCCACUCAAGGUCAACAAUAAUACUUCAAAUAUUCUAUCCAUGGAGUGGGAGGCAAGAUCGGACCGCUUUCUCUUUUUAGGUACAGACAUUGGUCAAAUUAGAGUGUAUAACAUCGAAAAUAAGUCCGUGGUCCAGGAAUUUACAAUGGAUGAAAAGUACCCAUGGGUUACUCAGCUAUCCUGCAGUCCAGUAGAACCCAUGUUUGUUUGUGCGGGCUCAGGAAGCAAAGCAUCUGCGGAUGAUACACGAGAUGGUGUACUUGUUGCAUGGAGCAUGAAAACCAUGGCUGCAAUCGGCACUUUCCGAUUGGAUUCCAAUGAGACAUGCGCAGAUAUCAAUACCAUCAAACUCAAUCAUAACGGUCAAAUGCUAGUCGCUGGCGAUAAUGAUGGAUUUAUGAGAAUAUUUGGCAAUGUAGAUGUGCGAAGUAUGAAAUCAAUCAUGGAGUGGAAGACAGCGUCAGGGCAACCAGCAUGCAUGGCACAGUUUAGUUUUGACGAAAAUUCAAUAUACACUGUAGACCAUAGUGGACAGCUAUCUCAAUGGUCAAUUCAUAAACCCGGUGAUAGUCUGUGUAAUUCUUCUUUACAAGGAUUUCCUCCACCGGCAGCCUUCAGCUCUCACAAAACAGCAAUCCACACCGACCCAUUUGUCACCUCACCUUCCUCUACAGCCUUACCUCCUACUUCUCUACAAUCCAUUACCGCCACUAUUGCUGCAUCUCCAAUUCUUCCUGCCACCAAUAUUUUACCACCCCGGCCAAAGUCAAAUCCUUCCACUUCUUCCCUUUCUCGACUUUCGAUAUCUUCGAACAGAUCCGGGCGUCUUCCGAUGAUUACUCUUGAUGAUAGCGUCACCCAAUCUUUACUCUCGUUCUCACCGCGAUCACAAAUGGUAGCAUUUAGUGCGGAUACAGAUUAUGUACUGUGUGCAUCAUCAGCCUAUGGUAGACGUACAUCAAACUCUCCUCGACCAUCAUCGUCAACUUCCUCGAUCUUUUCUAUGAGAUCGGAACGUAACAACUACAGCACAAACAGUUCAUUUGCCGGAUCUACGAACUCAGGAACCACACAGGGUAGCAUCUACCAAGUAUCGGAUGGGCAAACAGCUCUUCAAUUUGGACAGCAACCCGCGUAUCAAAAAAUUACAGCCGUGGAUUGGACAAAUUCAUCAAAUGCUUGUCUCUUGGGCAACAUGGAUGGAAGUGUCAAGGUAACCAAUUUGAUCAAAGUAUAAGUCUUCAAUUCAUACCCUACACAUUUUUUUAUAUCCCUUUUCUCUCACUCUUCCUUUCAUUCUCGCUUUUAUUUCUCUCCUCCUUCCUCUUCCUCCUCCUUCUUUUCUUAACAUCCUAUUUAUAAUCUGUUAUUGUUAAUAAUAAACGAACAAACAUGUUAUAAACAC